AGGGUCCUUCAGUGUUUCAGCAGAUCGGAUCAGCCUGUACUGACUUUCAGAAACUACUGAGAGGAACAAACCCUGACAUUGUCAAUUUGGCACGUUUUCAUGGAUCACAGAACUGUUGUCUUACCUCGUUAAUUAUAUUGUUUAUUCAGAAGAUAUGAUCUCCAAUAUGAUCGGUGGGCCUCGCGCUGCCUUUGGCACGUUAAUAGCGCAUUGGCGGAGAGGAGUGAUGAACACUGGCUGCAGAAGACUGUGCAGCAAGCCUCAGGAGGGGGCACCUGUACCCCAACAGACCCCAGCACAGGCACAACGUCUUGGAUUUAAAUUGCCAGGCUACUGCCCAUCAGAGUGGGAUAAGAAGAUGUUGAUGUGGUCUGGGCGAUUCAAAACCAGGGAACAGAUUCCAGAGUUUGUGUCAUUUGAGAUGAUUGAUGCUGCCCGAAACAGAGUGCGUGUGAAGGCCUGCUAUGUUAUGAUGGGACUUACUAUCUUGGCGUGCCUUGCUAUGGUUGUCUUAGGCAAACAGGCUGCAGGUCGGCAUGAUAAUCUGACUGUUCGUAAUAUGGAGAAGAAGGCUCGAUGGAGAGAGGAAGCACAGAAAGAGAGGGAGGAAGCUGCCCUUGCGGAGAAAGCCCAGUGCGAUGCAUCCAAUUGAGCUCCAGAGGCCCAUUCAUUCUAAAGCGAUGCUUCAUUGGAUCUCAGUGUUACAGAUAUUCUUUCACCCAGCAAAUACAUUUUUAGAGUAGUGUAAGAGAGACUGCUAAAGAUGUUUUUAUUUGUGUGAUUUUUGUAUAUAUCCAGUAAAAAUGUAAUAACUAUC